CGCCGAGAGACUGCGAAGGGCGGUGCAGCAACAUGGCGGCGCCGGGAGCUGGUGAACCCCUGGAUGCGAAAAAUGAGAAGGCCCCAUUCGCUCAACGCAUCGACCUGACGCGGGAGAAAUUGACUCCAGCACAGCUGCAUUUCAUGCGGCAGGUGCAACUUGCCCAGUGGCAGAAGACGCUGUCACAGAGGCGGACCCGAAACAUCGUGACCGGGCUUGGCAUCGGGGCCCUGGUAUUGGCUAUUUAUGGUUACACCUUCUACUCAGUAUCCCAGGAGCAUUUCCUAGAUGAACUGGAAGAUGAAGCUAAAGCUGCCCGAGCCCGAGCUCUUGCAAGGGCAUCUGGACCUUGAAAUGGGUGAUUAUUACAUAUCUUCAACCAACUGGAGCCCCUCACAUGGUGGAUGGUGCCCUAUGACCGGGUAGAAAUUGGUUGGUUGCUCACAUCAUCUUUGGCCCAGUUACUAACUUUGGAGCAUGAUCGAGCCCAAGAAGCUAGAGACUGUGCAAUGUUGGCCACUAUCAACAGAACAUUUCACAUGCAUUGUACUGUCAGAGUCCUCUCCUUUGUUUCUUGUUUGAGAUGUAUGCAGCCUUGGCUUUUCUGUAACUUUCUGCCUUUGUGAUUUACUCCUUUCCUCCCAGGGGCCCAACUGUAAUGGGAGUGGGUGUGGCAAUUUUGGGGCAGUGGUUGGAGUGUAAAGUGGGAAAGACAGGGUCAAGUUAAGAAUAAUAAACUGAGUCAUAUCUCCUGAA